GUAUACCUUAGAUCCACUUUAUAAAAUGGCUUCUACUUUGCGACGAAGCGAUCCCAAGUUAUCAGCAUCGUUGCUGAAGAACUAUAGCUAUGUUCAUUCAGAUGGAAUACAGGAAUCACUUUCCGGUACUCCAUUACAACUUAAUGGUCAUUUCUAUGACAUAUCUUCCCAGGCUUUCCUUACAAAAGAGAACUUCAAACCACUUAUCUGUUGCGUACUUAAUGCAUGUUGUCAACAUAAAUUCCUACUUGCAGAUCGUAUCCUGACAGCAAUUAUUACAUGUUUUACCGUAGCACCAAAUCUAUACAACACAUUGGUAGAUAAUGAGUAUGUCAACAAUAUGGAGAUGUUGUUUAUGAACAUUUGCAAGAUAAAAGAUUGGGAUAGAAGUGUACCUUGUGUUAGGUUGUUGAACGCAUGUACGCAAACCAUGAUAGAGCACAACAGACGUGCUAACUUGGACAGAAUAUACAGGAGGAUCUUAAGAAAGAUCUGUAACGCUAUUGCGAAGUAUCACAUCACUAUCGAUGAUAAAGGAUCUGAUACCACAUUUGAACUACGCAACCUGUAUGAGGCUGUAUCAUUGCUUCGUAAUUUACUCCUUCUACUACUUCAUGUCGGAAUAAAUUUUUAUGUCGACAUUGAACCUUUUAUAAGGUCAAUAAGGGAUAUCAAAUGCAUUGUUGUAAUUUCAGUUGCAAGAGAAAUUGCUUUGGGGACCACUGAUGUCGAGUCCGUGUUCAAGUGCAUAGAUACGGUUUAUAACAAUCCAUUAAUAUGGCGUAAAUGUAUGCUUAAAGUCAGCUAUACUGAUCAAAGGAUGAUUGACAACGAUAUAGUUCUUUUGAACAUUCAUGACGCUGUAGCGUCAUUCACUCGAACCAAUAUCACUAUACUACCCAUAGAUACUAUGGAUAUGGCUAUCGAAUUGCCAUUGAUCAGUUGUAUUGACUUCCAAGAUAAAAACGAUUCAUUGAUAUUUUACUUUGAUGUGAAUUUGACAUAUAUAAAAGAAAAUCUUCCCAAUAAGGUUGCCUGUGGAUUCCGACACCAGCUAGCAAUGCAAUAUCGUUUCAUUGUGACAUGUAUGAAGACUAGUUGUAUUAAAAAGUUGGAAUACGAUAAAGCAGUCAUCGAUUUUUAUAAGGAGCGUGUGAACUGUGAUGCAUAUAUAUCACGCUGUACCACAAGUGAUGCAAUCAUAAGUGGAACUAUACAAAAAGGCUCAAUCAACCCAAUAACUAAAUGUAGUUACAUAUCAAUGGAGCUUCCCGUUAACAACCACAUUUAUAGUGCGCCAUAUAUCUCAUAUUCCACUAUCGGGGAAGAGACUCCUUAUACAGCACUUCAGUGGCAAACUCCCACAUUGCACCAUCAGUAUCUCACGAAGAGUGGGCAAAACUCACCAUAUGGUAGCACACUUCCGCCAUCUUUCAAUCGGGUUUGUUCAUAUUAUACUUUUUAGACUUCUUAUGUAGGGCACUACUACACGUG